GGACAGUGAGAUAGCGCACUAAGAAGAAAUUCACACGCUGCUGCUGCGACCAGCACAUUUCUCUGGGAUAUAACAAUAACAAACCCUUUCCAUUUGUACAUUUUCCCGUCGGGGCGAAUAUGGCGACGCUGGGACCGGAGCCCCGUCCCCACUCCCAGCUGCCUUCAGCAGCAUUACAGCCGAACCUGAGCGGACUGGGCUCGAACACGAACCUGCCCCUGAACCGGGGCUUAGAGAGAGCUCUGGAGGAUGCGGCCAACUCGGGAUUUCUAAACCUUAGCACAAGAAAACUGAAGGAAUUUCCUCGGACAGCAUCUAACUAUGACUUGACGGAUACCGUUGAAGCAGACCUGUCAAAGAAUCGAUUGAUUGACAUCCCAUCAGAAGUGUGUCAUCUGGUCUCUUUGGAAACGCUGAACCUUUAUCACAACUGCAUCAGGAGCAUUCCAGAUACCAUCAUAAGCCUACAGUCCCUAACUUGCUUACACAUCAGCCGGAAUCAGCUGUCAGUGCUGCCAGCGUGUGUGUGUGGUCUUCCUCUGCGAGUUCUCAAUGCCAGCAAUAACAAACUCAACGCACUUCCAGAAAGCAUUGGUCAGCUCACCAGUCUCAUGGAACUGGAUGUAAGCUGUAAUGAAAUCACAGCUCUUCCACGCCACAUUGGCAGACUAAAAGCCCUAAGAGAACUGAACGUGCAUCGAAAUCUUCUCUGUGUCCUACCAGAGGAUUUAUCAGAUCUACCUCUGGUGAAGUUUGACUUCUCCUGUAAUAAAGUUUCCACUAUUCCUGUUUGCUAUCGAAAAAUGACCCAACUCCAGUCAUUACAACUGGAAAACAAUCCACUUCAAAGUCCUCCUGCACAGAUCUGCAUGAAGGGUAAGAUUCAUAUAUUUAAAUACCUCGCCAUGGAGGCAUGUCGUAGUGACAAGAUGGCAGACGGCCUGUACCUGCCUGUGACGGACCGCCUCAGCUUGACACGACCCACCAAUGGGAGUAUUGAGGACAUUGAUCAGCACAAGAAACUUGACAGUGACUCUGGGGUGGGCAGUGACAAUGGAGAUAAGCGCCUAUCUGCUACUGAGCCAUCAGAUGAAGACAGUCUCAGCUUGAAUGUGCCCAUGACUAACAUCACAGAGGAGGAAAGCUUGAGCAAAGACGACUCCAGUGAACAUAUCAGUGCGCUGACAGCAGACAGAAGUCCAUCUGAAUCUCUUAAGAGGCAGCUGGGCUACAGAGACUCCACCCUCAGUACACCAUUUGUCAACUAUAUCAAGGGUCGCAGUGCUGACUUUGAUGAGCCCCUCAGAAUAGAAGAAGACAGGAACUGGACUUCAGAAGAAACGUCAAAAGUAAAUAUGAUCAAUCAGUUAAAGGAGGCCGUGGAGAUGCUACAGGAUCCUAACAGGGUUAACAUGAGCUCGGCUGAUCUGUCUGGUAUCAAGCUCUACCCCGUGGAGAUGGUUACAGUAGAUGAGUCGCUCAAUGGACAGGAGAAUGAUGAGGGUCAGGUAACACCAAAGGCAACCCCUGGAGAAUGCUGGGAGUUCCAGAGGAAGCGACAAUACAUUCUAGAACGGGCUCGACUCGAGGCCCAGCUCGCAUGCCAGCAGUAUGCUUUGCACAUGGCACAACAGGGGGAUGUGAUUGGUGAGGAAGAAUCAGAAGAUAGUUCUGAGAACCAAGUUACCAAGAAUGAAGACAGAACCCCAGUUUGCAGUCCCACAAUGACUUCUCCCUUUGGGUUAAAGCCCAGAUCAGUGUUUUUCAGGACACACAAGAAUCUGGAAUCAGUGGAUCCUCAAUUUACCAUGAGAAGAAAGAUGGAGCAACUGAGAGAAGAGCUGGAGCUCACAGAACAACUAAGAGAGAGCAUUGAGAGCAGACUAAAAGUAAUACUUCCUGAAGAUCUGGGUACGUCUCUCAUGGAUGGGGUUGUGCUGUGUCACUUAGUAAAUCACAUUCGGCCGCGUUCAGUGGCCAGUAUCCACGUACCGUCCCCUGCAGUGCCCAGGCUUAGCAUGGCUAAAUGCCGCAGAAACGUUGAAAACUUUUUGGAUGCCUGCAGGAAAAUGAAAGUCCCUGAGGAUAAGUUAUGUCUGCCUCAUCAUAUUCUGGAGGGGAAGGGACUUAUCAAAGUUGGCAUCACUGUCCAAGCUUUGCUAGAUGAGACUUCAACCAUACAGACACUCUUCCCAUAAGUCCCACACAUACACAAGCAUCUACACAGCUAACUGACAUGUACACAACACAAACACUCCUAACUGUGGAUGGAUAUGCACCUGUUGCUGUUGCUAGCUGACCUCUACCAACUAUAUAUUUCUAUUAUAAUUUUUGGUCCUCAACUACAGGUAAAUGUCAAUGUUUUCCAUUUUAUAAUAUAUGUAAAAUAUAUACGAUUUUGAUAUGAUAUUACUUUUUCCGAGGCUGUAAUCUUGUAUCCAAAAUUAGCUUAAAACUUGAGUUAUGAAAUGUAUUUAAUACACACAUAUUUAUUAAACUGCUAGUUGAGAGAUGUACACAAUUAGGAAAAAAGACAGUAUUUUUCUGAUUUUAUAUAUAUUUACAUUAUAUUACAAAUUGUAUGGGUUUGUUUAGUUUUUAUUGGCACUACAGUUGUCUACCACAGUCUGGGUGUAAAACACUCGCCCUCCCGGUGUCUUUAAAUACUGUAUUUGUAAAAUAUUUUUUUCAACAUUUUUUGGGAGACAUUGAUGUUCAGUCUCAGGGGAGAGGUGUGCCUCACUAGUUUCAUUAAGUCUUCUGCUUACCUAUUAGCCAGGUAUUUAUCCACUAAGUAUGUCUGUUUGUGUAUGUGCAGUAGAAAGCAACAUACUGUACUCAACCAAUGUUUUCAUUUGUAUGUGUACAAUUGUGAGAAAAAAUACCAUAUCUUCAGUAAUUCCUUUUGUGAGAGAACGAGAGCACAUGUUUGCACUUUUUUUAUGUUUGUUUGUAUGCGAGGAUGUUUUUUACCUUUUUUCUACCUGUGUGUAUUUGCUUACGUAAAGCUUGAUGUCCAAAGUUUCAGCUCCAAACAGAUACAUACAUGAAUCGAACCAAAACCUGAAGAUGGUUUCUCAGUGGAGAUUAUUUGACAGUUGCCAAAAUUUUCCUAUAACAAACUGAUGUUCAAAAACAAGAUCCACAAAAAUAAUCAUUUAAUACAGGUCUUUUAGCAUUUUUUUUUUUUACAAAAAAAGUGUUUUAUUUGUUAAGGGUUUGUAAUGUAAUAAUGGUGCAGGACAUGUAUAAUUUGAUGUGCAUAUUUCAGUGAGAAGAGUUUUUCUUGUUUAAAAAAAAACAGGCAAAAAACUAUCACUAUAACACUUUUAUAACUAAUAAAAACAAUCACUGGGCUGUAAUUUGUGUAUUCAUAAAAAUAAAUUGAAAUCCUAUAGUUUUAAAUAAAAAUACUUUCUCAAAGGUUAUCUUUAUUGCAUAAUCACUAAUAAAACCUCACACUUUAUCUGUUCUUUAAGGAAAACACCACCGUUUUUCAAUAUUUUACUGCGCAUCCCAAGGUCGAAGUGCUGCAAACUAAGUGCUCUUCCGUCAUACAAUAUAGUUCUAAUUUUUUAUGCUUAAAAAAAAUCACAUUUUAUUUUGUGCCACCAUACUUACUUGUGUAACUGCUCAUGUAACAGUUUUUAAACCGGGAAAACAUGGAAGUGUUUGGUGGCUUCUAAAUUCAUCACGUUUGGAUCCUAAGGAAUGAAUGGGGCUAGGCUAAAUGCUAACACAUUCACGGUGUGCUGUACAAAGAUUAAGUGCAUGCAUUGAAAAAAGACAGGUAUGUAUUCAUUAAUCUAAGCUGAGGUAAGAACAUAGUAAAAGAUUGAAAACGGUGGUGUUUUCCUUUAAGAGUGCCAAGUAAAUUUCUAAUAUUAUACAAUGAGAAGUAGAGAUGCACCAAUAUACAUUUUUUCCACCGAUACCGGAAGUUUCCGACUGAUAUCUGACGAUAUUUUGGUGGUUAUAUUUUACAUCAUAAACCUGUCAAAUAAAUAAAUAAAACAAAUCUACCAUGGAAAAGCGCAGAGAACUUCGAGACAUCGGAAAAAUACAUUUAAGUGGAGACCAUUUAAGUCUUUACAUCGGUUUACUAAUGGGGCAUACACACCAAACACAAAUUAAAUGUUUUGCGCGAGAAGAUUUCAUACAAAGUCACAGCGCAAAGACGUGAAUCCGAGCAGGGCGAUGCGAACUUCCUUGCAAGUUGAAAAAAUGUAACUUGAUCAAAAUAUUCGCCUGACCCAACAGUAAAUCCAGCGAGAAAUAUUGAGCAAGGAAUGCGAUGCGAAUACAAACUUCGCGGUUGGUGUGUAUGCCAAUUAUAUCUUUGAAUUAACCUGUUUCAAUUUUUUUAAAUCCUUUUAUUUCUCAUGAGGAUUUCAGAUGUCUUUGAAUUUGAUCUCUUGUCUGAAUGCUGCUUAAAUGGAAUCGUUCUGUAUAAAAUCCUGCUGUAUGUUUUGAGGAAUUCUUUUCCACGUUUUCCUGUGACAUUUUAUUUUGAAGUUUAUUGUCUGUGGUUUAUUAAAACGCAAGAUCACAAACAAUUUUUAUUGUUAUAUAACCUAAAACUACUUUUCAUAAUAUACACUUUGUAAGGGUUUAAAUACAGAUUAGUUUUUUUUUAAAUGACAGCGUUUGCACUUUAUGUAUUUGGGACUGUUUUUUGGCAACUGGCAAAUAGUAAUAUAGUAUUUAUAUUUCAGUAUUUGGAGAAACUAAAGUAUAUCAGCUUAUCGACUCACUGUAAUGUGUGAUAAAAUAAAAAAAAAAUCACAAAAUGGGAUACAAAUCUUUUCCUGCUGAAUGUUAUGUUGCUAUUUUGUCUUUCUUCAUCUUAAUGUAAUAGAAAGAAGUCUUGUACUACACAAUUUUUUGUAAUUCAAUUUUUAUAAGUAAGAAUUAUUUUUUCAUGUCUUUUCAGUGCUUGGGAUUUUCUGAUGUACUAUAUUUUACCCCUUUGUAAUUCUGUGAAGUUUUAAAGUGCCUGUACAGUAAUGUGUAAUGCAUGUCACUCCACCUUUUGCCUUAAACUCUGUAAAUAAGGUUUAUUUGUACCAGCUUUUACCAGUAAAUACUUUCACGUUUAAA